AGUUACUUUCGUUUCUGCUUCAGGCUCGAUUAUUUCCCAACAGAAGCAGGAAAAGGGCGGAGUUUAAUGCUGUGCUGCAGAUUUGAAGCACAAAACUCAGCUGCUGCAUCCAAGAGGCAGGGUGUUAGGACGCAGGGAGACAAGAGGAGAGCAAAAAUGUCUGUCAAGAAUAUGAACGAGUCUUUGGGUCCAGUUUUACCAGGGAAUAAGCAAAAUGAGAAAACAGAAGGGGCCUCUCUGUGCAGCCAAUAUGAGGCGAAGGUCCGACCUUGCAUUGACCUCAUUGACUCUUUGAGAGACCUGGGUGUGGAAAAGGACUUGGCUCUGCCGGCGAUUGCUGUGAUUGGAGAUCAGAGCUCUGGGAAGAGUUCUGUUCUAGAAGCACUGUCCGGUGUAGCUCUUCCAAGGGGCAGUGGUAUUGUUACAAGAUGCCCCUUAGAACUAAAACUGAAGAAAACGCAGCACACAAAGGAAUGGAAAGGGAAGAUUAAAUAUUUGGACACAGUGCUAGAACUGAGUAAUUCAUCAGAAGUGGAGGAGGCAGUGAUAACAGCUCAAAAUAAAAUGGCUGGUAAAGGAGUGGGCAUUAGCCACGACUUAAUUAGCCUGGAAAUUUGCUCCCAUGAUAUUCCAGACCUUACUCUAAUCGAUCUUCCAGGGAUUGCAAGAGUGGCUGUUGGUGACCAGCCAGAAGAUAUUGGAAUGCAGAUAACUACAUUAAUUCAGAAUUAUAUUACCAAACAAGAAACAAUCAAUUUGGUGGUGGUGCCAGGUAAUGUAGAUAUUGCAACAACAGAGGCACUGAAAAUGGCACGGGAAGUAGAUCCACAAGGAGAGAGAACCCUUGGCAUUGUGACUAAGCCUGACUUGGUUGAUAAAGGAGUUGAGGAAGAAAUAGUUGACAUAGUUCAGAAUCAGAAAGUUCCCCUGAAAAAAGGAUAUAUGAUAGUUAAAUGUCGUGGACAGACUGACAUCAACAAGAAAGUGAGCUUGAAAGAUGCAAUCCAGAAUGAGAGAAGAUUUUUUGAAAAGCACUCCAUUUUCAGGUCCCUCUUGGAGGAGGGUAAAGCCACCAUCCCUCUUCUGGCAGAACUGCUUACGCAGGAACUGAUAGAGCACAUUAAUAAAUCACUGCCCACUUUAGAAAGGCAAAUAAAGGACAAAAUUGAGGAAGCAAAUAUAAAGUUAGAGCACUGUGGUCAAGGUGUACCUGAAACACAGGAAGACCAGAUGCGUUUUCUUAUAGAGAAAAUCACAUGUUUUACUCAGGCCCUCUCAAAAAUAAAGGAAGGAGAAGAUGUUUCAGUGGAUAUAAAAAAACCAAAAUUGUUUACAAGAUUGCGGGGCUUCUUUAACACUUGGCAAGCUGAGAUAAAGCACAAUGAAUCAGAUGUGAGAGAUAAUUUGACAGAAGUUUGCUAUUUUGAAUACAAAUAUCGAGGCAAAGAACUUCCAGGAUUUGUCAGCUACUAGACAUUUGAAGUCAUUGUAAAACAGCAAAUUGAAAAACUAAAAUUGCCUGCUGUUGAAAUGUUGAAGAAAGUAGCAGAGUAUGUACAAAAAGUGUUUAUUGAAACUGCUGUGCUACAUUUCAGUAAUUUUACAACCUUCUUAGAGCUGCUCAG